GACUGCUGCGCCAGCCGGCCUCUGGCAGCCUCCUGGCAACAUGGCAGUGAAGCUCGGGGCACUCCUGCUGGUCCUUGGGCUCGGCCUGGCUCAGCCCGCCUCUGCCGGCCGGAAGCUCCUGGUGUUUCUGCUGGAUGGCUUUCGCUCAGACUAUAUCAGUGAUGAGGCCCUGGAGUCUUUGCCUGGUUUCAAAGAGAUUGUGAGCAGGGGAGUAAAGGUGGAUUACUUGACCCCAGACUUCCCUAGUCUCUCGUACCCCAAUUACUACACCCUGAUGACUGGCCGUCACUGUGAGGUCCACCAGAUGACUGGAAACUACAUGUGGGACCCCAGCACCAACAAGUCAUUUGACAUUGGCGUCAACAGAGACAGUCUGAUGCCUCUCUGGUGGAAUGGUUCAGAACCUCUGUGGAUCACUCUGACCAAGGCCAGGAGGAAGGUCUACAUGUACUAUUGGCCAGGUUGUGAGGUUGAAAUUCUUGGUGUCAGACCUACUUACUGCCUGGAGUAUAAAAAUGUCCCAACGGACAUCAAUUUUGCCAAUGCAGUCAGCGAUGCUCUGGACGCCCUCAAGAGCGGCCGAGCUGACCUGGCUGCCAUAUACUAUGAGCGCAUCGAUGUGGAAGGCCAUCACUACGGCCCCUUGUCACCUCAGAGAAAAGACGCCCUCAAGGCUGUAGACACCGUCCUGAAAUACAUGACCACAUGGAUCCAGAAUCGCGAGGUGCUUCCAUUUUGGAUGAACAGCACUGGGAAGAGGGAAGGCUGGCAGCGUGGAUGGCAUGGCUAUGACAACGAGCUCCUGGACAUGAGGGGCAUUUUCCUGGCCUUUGGACCUGAUUUCAACGCCAACUUCAGAGCUGCUCCCAUCCGGUCGGUGGACGUCUACAAUGUCAUGUGCAACGUGGCAGGCGUCACUCCGCUGCCCAACAACGGAUCCUGGUCCCGAGUGAAGUGCAUGCUAAAGAACCAGAAGAGCUCUGCGCCGUCUGUCCAGCUGAGCCGCUGGGUGCUGCCCUUGAUUUUCCUUUUCCUCAGCGCAUAACUGAGCUCACUGCUUGUCCCAAGACAACCUCCGCAAUUGUGCGUCCAAGGGGGGAGGUUGAAAGUGUUCUAUUGGAGAACAGUUUCACUCCCAAAACCAAGGCUAUGGAAACUGUAAAUAUAUUAUUCUUGGGUGACUCUA